CCAUUCUGAACAAGAAGCGUUUUGUUAGAGCCACAUCGCCUUUCUCCUUCGAGUCAGUUAAGAACAAUCGUGCUUCGUCAACUUUUGGAGACCGUAUAGUUGAUACGAGUGACUGGGUGGGUGCCGAGACCCUUUCGAUUUUGUGAAAGUAGCGCUCCACGAGAUUUCCUACCUUCCCUGUAACCAAUCUCCGGUUUUGAAGAGAGGUUAAUGAUGGAUUCGCUAGUAGGAACAAAAAAAAUGUCGAUAAUGGUAUUUUUCUCAGUUUUGCUUUGUCUAUCCAGACAUUCUACUGGAGCAUCAAUUAUAAAGGAUGUCGUCGACAAUGUUACAGGAACUACUGUAGAAACAAAGGAUGCCGUCGACAAUGUUACAGGAACUACUGAAGAAACAAAGGAUGCCGUCGACAAUGUUACAGGAACUACUGAAGAAACAAAGGAUGCCGUCAACAAUGUUAUAGGAACUACUGUAGAAACAAAGGAUGCCGUCGACAAUGUUACAAGAACUAGUGUAGAAACAAAGAAUGCCGUCGACAAUGUUACAGGAACUAGUGUAGAAACAAAGGAUGCCGUCGACAAUGUUACAGGAACUACUGUAGAAACAAAGGAUGCCGUCGACAAUGUUACAGGAACUACUGUAGAAACAAAGGAUGCCGUCAACAAUGUUACAGGAACUACUGUAGGAACAAAGGAUGCCGUCGACAAAGCUUCAACAGGUGACAACGUCACAGUAAUAUUGACUGACCAUGGAAGUGACAAAAUCGAAGACUUUAAGAGAACCACAACUGAAAUUGCAACAACUGACGAAUAUAUUACGGUGCUCAGUACUUAUCAGACCAAUUUUCAAAAUAAGCGUAAAACAGAGAUCAAUUUAGAAAAAGGACCUCAUUAUAAGGUGGUGUUUGCUUCUGGACAACUCAAUGAGUCCCACCCUCUAGAUGUGACAUUCCCUUUAAAAAACACGAAGAGCGAUACAAAAAUGUCAGAAGAAGAGACAGCGAUCAUCCCAGAUGGCAGUUUAGAUGUCUCUACUCCAUUAUUUCCAAAUGAACUUUCACAGAAAGAAAGUAGUAACUUGGCUACAGAGAAACCAGAAACGCGUGAUGAAGAAUCUACAAGUGGUUUCGCAACUAAUAAGGAUACAGAGGAUAACAACCAAGAUAAUUCAACUGUACAUUCCGAAAGAAAUUCAAGAGCACGUUUGUUGGGAAGGCGUGUCCCAGAUGAAGAAGGAAUUAAAAGCGUCAUAGAUCCUAGCCAUGAGACUUUCUUUGAAAUCAAAGGCAACAGGAGACAAGGAACCAGAACGGGAAGAAAUAGAAUAGCAGAAAACGAAUUUAUUACUGACGAUACUUCCAGAUUAAUAGAAAGUCCUCUAAAUACUGAUGACAUUUGCCCCAAAGAUUGUCCAAUCACCGAGGGCCAAGUCGCAGUAUGUGGCACAAAUGGAAAGGUUUAUGAUAGCCUAUGUUUUUUACAGAAAGAAAACUGCGGCAGUGACGUAAAGGUGGGGAGCUGGGAGUUUUGUAGAGGGCAACACCAUCUAUGUCCCUCUACAUGUCUCGAUAUCUAUGAGCCAGUUUGCAGUGAAGAUAGUAUUAUCUAUCGCAAUCCUUGUAUCAUGCAACGCCAGAAUUGUGGGAAAGAAGUGAAGACCCAGGACCUUAAAAACUGUUAUAUCCAACACAGAGAAUUCCGCAGUUACGAUCCUUGCCCUCAACAAUGUCUCGAGGUUUAUGAUCCAACUUGUGGGUCAGACGGUCGUGUGUAUUUCAACGAAUGUUACCUGCGGAAGAAGACUUGCGGAGAGGGAAUUCGGGUAGUGGAUAUGAAACAGUGUGUGCAGGUUCGAGACUGUCCCCGGAUUUGUGUACCGUUUCCUGAAGUUGUAUGUGGUUCGGACGGUAAACUAUAUCUGAACGAGUGUCGGCUUCUCCAGAAGAACUGUGGAAAAGAUGUAAGGGUCAGACCAGACAGUUUUUGUGGAAAACAAAGUUAAGUGAACUGAAGCACUUAAUAACGGCUAUAUUUGGAUUUACAGUUUUAAAUUGGAAUUGAUAAACUUUUUCUUUCAUUAGAAACUAUAUAUUGCUUGUAAAAUAACAUACAUAUAUAUAUGCAUAUGUAUUCAAACCCCCAGAAU